AUGAUGAAUCGUCUUUCUGUUCUCUUGGCAGCCUUGCUGCUACUGACAUCUGCUUCCUUUCUCAUGGCCAUUAAAAUCGAUGAUCAGAGAUCGGGUAAAGGACAAGUAGAACUCCAAACUAAUACUCUCAGUAUUACAAUUACAGGUAAUCGGAAUGUACCCAUGUUUGUAUUGAGAUUCCUCAAUGAAAGCACUGGUGCAGUUACAUCGGGAUAUAAGGUCCAAUUCGAUCGUAUUCAUCAACGGGAUGCCUCUCAUCAAAUUGUUCCAUCCAGUAAUGUUGCUUUGGCUAGUUUGGAUUAUAACUUUUCCAAUUUCCAAACCGACACGGAUGGUAGCGUUCAUUUCAAUAUUACAUCCACUGGAACACCUUCGUUUGAAUUUAGAAUUCACGCCACACCAAGUGCCAAUUCCUUCAAGUUUGAUACUGUGGUGAGAAAUGUUCAAGAGUCGUUUUGGUUUAGCUCGGCCAAGUACUUGGCUUUGUGUUACAAGACUUUGGAUCGUUCCAAUGAUAAGAGUAUUGACCCAAGUGUUAAGGGAAGAAGAGGAGAUUUUGGUAAAGCCUACUUUGAAAUUGUGCCAACUGGCAAGACCAAUAGGGAUGAAAUUGUCAAUGCUACUCUCUCUGCUGAGUCUGCAUCUGUUUGUGUCGAAUAUGCCAGAUGGAAUGGUACCGAGAUGGUUCACGAUCCAACCAUUGGUUUGAUGAAUGCUGCUUUGACUUUGAAAGCAUCAAGCGUAUUAAUUGUUGUCAUGUUCAUUCUUGCUAUGCUGUUCUAA